AUCACCCUAUGCUCCUCCUCCCCCUCCUCCCUCUCGCUCUCGCCGUACUGGGCCCCGCCUCCGCAUCCGCAUCCGCCUCCCCCUCCUCCCCCCUCUUCACCUUCCCAAACCUCAAUGUGACGUACUACUACGACGUCGCCGACUUUCCGUACCACCCCGCAUGCGACGCGGCCGCCGGCGGGCCCGGGUGGGCGCAGCCCACGAACGAGGGGAGCACGGCGUGUGGGCCGAGCGUCAAGGAUCUCGACACGAACGCCGUCGUCGCGAUGAACGUCACGUGGCUCAACCAGAAUGGAUAUGCGGCGCGCCUGACGGACCUGUGCGGGCGGGAAGUCCAGAUAUGGAAGGAGGGGAAACAAGUCACGAUGAAAGGCGGCCCCUUCUUCCUCUGGGAGGGAUGCCAGGCGUGCGCCACGCUCCCCCGCAUCGACGUCAGCCUCAACGCCUACAUCGCCGCCACCGGCGAUAAAGAGUGUUUCCGCGGCACGGUCGGCGGCUUCGACGUGUUCGUCAUGGACAACUUUGUGCGCCGCGCGCGCGCGGCAAAGACACUGCUCAACGUACCGGCGUUGGCGGCGGGCUUCACCCUCGCACUCACCCUCGCCCUCGUGUAGCUUCGUCGUGUCGUUCUUGGGUUUGGGUCUAAUCGUUGUAUGCAUGGGACUGUACAUGGAUCUAGAU